GGUUCUCUAGGACACCGUCACGCCUGAUGGAAAUGACCACUGAGUUCUUCACUACAUCCAGUGGAAACACUUACAAGGUGGUUCUGAACUUACUAAAGCUUAAAAUCAAGAAAUCUGAGAAAUAUUAUGUGGGGAAACUGAAGGCGAAUUUGCUGCCCUCCUACCUGGAGCAAGUGUACCUCUCUGAGAGUUUCUUUACGGAUGUGAGAAGGCAAAUCCGGCUGCAGUUUUUUGAACACCUGGAGAACUGGUAUAGUGAGACGCUGUCCAAGGCCUGGGCCAUCGUGGACUCCAAGAAAGAAGAGAUCAGCUCUGAACUGCAGCUGCGCGCUCACCUUCACGAGCCAAGGCGGGAGCGCAUUGAGAAGGAUAUCUACGAUGUCAGAAUGGCGGAGCUGCGAUUUCACAACGAUCGCUUAGUGCGACACUGCAGUGGUGUGGUGGAGGCCCUGAAUAAAGAAAAAGCCGCCUUCUCCAAGCUCCGAGAAGAGCAGAACCUUGUCAGCAAGACUUUCCGGCAGAAGAUCCAAGACCUGGAGAACAUCUUCCUGACGGAGACCAGGGCAGAAAAGCUGUUGGCUCUCAGCAACAAUAUGCGUACGGAGCUGACUGACCACGUGGAGGUGAUGCAGCUCUCCCUUCGGAGCUACAGGCAGUACUUGGAAGAAGCACUAGGGAAGCUGCGAGAAGCAAACACAAGCUUCCUUAAAGCAUGCAGAUUAUUUGCUGACGGAGGAAAUUUUUCUCCUGAGGAAUUAGAUGGCUUCAUCAAGCGCCUGCACAAGGAGAGUGGGCGCAUUGAGUUUGUUGAGGGCUUGAUCAUGAUUGACUUGGAGAAGAUGGAGUCUUCUUACCUGGAGCAGGCUACAGAGGUCAUCAGCAGAUAUGAAAACAAGUUUCGUUUUCUGGCACUCGACCGGCUCUUCAUAGAGAAAAUCCAACGGUUCUUGACGAACACUCAAGUGAAAAUCAAGACAGAGGUGGCAAAAUCCAAUUGGCAGACCCAGAUGUUAAACUCUCACAUGGAGAAACUCAUCGGAAGGAUUGAUGCUUGUGCCCAUCCCACUGCAGAUAAGGAAUCUGUAACUUCAGAAGCACUCUAUGAGUUUGCCAAGUUUGUGAAGGAAGAACUGAAGAAUAGAAGCAAGUAUCUCGACUGCCUGCUCGAACUGGACCCUGUGUUCUCUUAUGUACAAGACCCCACAAUCCCUAACUCCGUGGCAACCUCCAUCCAAUCAGACAGCAUGCUGCAGGAAAGCAAGACAUUUGUGAUGGGUGUUGAAUGCACAUCACUUAUGAACCCAAGCCGGAUGGGGAAGCCGGCCUUUGACGAUGCCGCGAUUAGUGUGAUCAAGCACCUCAUUGGAUCCUAUCGCAUCAGAAGACUGACAGAUACGCAGCAUGAGAAAGAGCGCUUGCAGUCCGCUGCAACAGAAACAGCACCAGAGCUUAUGCCAAAACCAUUUUCUCCAGCGUUCUCUGGUGGAGUCUCCCAUCGCGAAAGCACCCAUGCUGCUCAAACCAACGCGUCCUUCACAUCUGCACGGAAAUCUAGUUCCAUUGGCAAGCGGAUGUCAGGAAGUGUCAGCUCCAUACAGAGAUAUACAAAAACCACUCGGAUUGAGAGGAAGAUGCAGAUCUUUGGAGACAAGCCGAAAGACAAUGAUUCUGAACAUUUGAAAGGAAUUAUCUUCAGCAUCCUGUGGGACAACUUUGAUAUUAUUAUGAAUUCUGCAGAGGAAUUCUACAAAAAGGAAAAGCAUCAGAUUACUCGGCCAGAAUACUUGCAAGAAACCUAUGACUUGUGUGUUGACGUGUUGGGGCAAAAGCUUCUGAUGUAUUUACUGCAGGUAGACGAGUAUCGUAUAGCCUGCAUUUCUGAGUUCCGGGAUCAGCUGAAGAUCUUUGAGGAACAGCUCCCCCACAUUGUUCGGAUGCUUAUUGGCAGACUCCACCAAGAUCAUGAGCAGCUCUUCAUGGAUUCCAUGGAGCAGAUACGGCACAACCUACAGGACCAGAUGCAGAAAUGGGACAUUGCAAAGGAGAAGAACAAGCACAAGCUGCGACCGACUCUGGGCCACCCUGACAAUUUGCCCCAGCUGGAGGCUCUGUGCCAAGAGGAGGAGGAAAGACAGAAGGAGCAGGCCAAAGGGAUCCGUCUAUCCACCAAGCAGCAAGAGGACUGUGUCAUCAACUGCGCCCAGAGAUUUGUCUCCAGUCUGGCUGCCACCACGGAAAAAAUGCUUAUGGAGAUGGAUGACAGCCUCACCGUUGACGAUGUACAGCAGGGAAGGGUGGAAGUCUCCCGGGAGAAGACCUCUACCUUGCUCCGUCGCAAGAAAGCCGGCCUUUCCUUAGAAAGAGAAGAAUACAAGCUGGUGGCUGAGCGGGGAAGCAGGACCUGGCCUGGAAUCCCAAGAACUACUCUGGUGGGUCUUCCAAACCAAAUCAUCUGCCGAGAAACCACCUCACUGACGACAUCCAAGACCACCCUGGGUCACAUGGCAGUGGUAGAAAAAAGGGAUGCUGUUUAUGUGGGAUUCAAGGAACUGUUGGAGGUGGAAUUUGCCAGGAUUAAAAAGGAGAAAACAGCCCUUCUAAUGAAGGCCCAGCACUGGACAGACUGGUGGAAGAAGUCAGUGCAGAAGAUCAAGCAGCUCUACGCAUGAAUCUGCCACACUUUUCUGCCUUCACGCGUUCUCAUUUCUCCCUCUGUAAGCAAUAUAUUCCCCCCCUUGAGUAAAUAUAUUA